AUGGGCAUGAAUACUGAUCCAACGACAAACAUGUCAGACCCAAGUGAAUAUCAUAUGAAUCUAUUGGUGUGGAACUGCAGGGGAGCUGCUAAUGCCAACUUUAGGCGUUCUUUGGGGGACUUAAUAAGCACCAAUCACCCGGAUAUUGUAGUCCUCACUGAAACCCGCUUAUCGGGUGAUCGAGCGACUCAGACUGCCAGCCAAUUCCCAUUUGAUGGUUUCUUCAGCACAGAGACUAGAGGACUCUUUGGUGGCAUUUGGAUCAUGUGGAGGACAGAUCAUGUUCAACUGGACAUUUCGAGUUCUACAGAACACAAAGUCCAUGUUGUGGCCCGGGUGAAUCAUCCCAACUCUUCCUCUUGGCAUCUCUAUGCUAUUUAUGCUAGCCCUUGUCCUAGGGAGCGAGAAAUUCUGUGGCAUAAUCUCUGUAAUGUUGCUGAGUCCGUGAAUACGCCCUGGGUUGUUCUUGAAGACUUCAAUGAAGUCGCUAGCAGUAUAGAGAAAUUUGGAGGCCAAGCUGUGAAUGUUAACAGGGUGUUGGCCUUCAAUGCUAUGCUUGAUCGUUGUUCCCUAACUGACCUUGGAUACACGGGGCCAAGAUUCACUUGGACCAACUUGCGCUCCUCUUCCAGUCUCAUCAUGGAGCGACUAGAUAGGGUCGUUGCAAAUCUAUCUUGGCAUUUACUCUUCCUGGAAGCUAUGGUUCAGUACCUCCCACGUACUCACUCAGACCACCGCCCCAUCCUAUUGAAGCUAAAUCCCACCAUGUCCACUAUGAACCGCCCCUUUCGAUUUGAAUCCAUAUGGCUAUCACAUAUCGGGUUUAAAAACCUGGUCAGAAAUUCAUGGGAGCAGGCUGACUUCGACCACAGCAAAGCCAUCCCUCUCUUUAAAAAGAAUGCCCAACACUAG